AUGCCGCGCGCGCGCGUCGACGACGCGCGCGUCGCGACCGCGACGGCGACGGCGACGGCGACGGCGACGGCGACGGCGACGGCGACGGCGACGCGCGCGACCGGGGUCGCGCUCGCGCGCGCGGCGCGACCGGACGACGACGACGACGACGGUCUGUUCGAUGGCCUGCUCGACGACGACGACGACGACGACGACGACGACGACGGGGGAGAAGAUGGCGACGGUGUCGAAGAAACGGUCGAAAGCGACGACGACGACGGUUCGGCGACGACGCGACGCGACGACGACGAUGACGCGGACGAGGACGCGGACGAGGACGCGCACGAGGACGCGCCGGAAGCGGGGGACGAGGGAACGUCUGGCGAGGAUGAGGGGGCGUCGACGACGACGCUGGACGACUUGGUGCGGUUGGGCGGCGUCGAGGCGCGCGCGCUGAUGCGUGAUUUGUUCGUCGAGGCGAGUAAGUUUGGGUUGGAUUUAGACGACGAGGACGAGGACGAGGACGAGGACGAGGACGAGGACGUCGAUAUCGAGGGCGUUUUGGGGCAGGCGCUCGGGAUGGAUGACGAGGCGUCGGCGGAGCUGCUCGCGGUGGAGUACGUCGAAGAGGAGGACGAUAGCGAGGACGAGCGCGCGAUCGAGCAGAGGAAGAAGUUAUUAUUAGGACUAGGGGUAGAUAUAGAUGCUGAACCGACGCCGGCGGUCGUGGAGGACGCGACGGAGGACGUCGUGACGGAGACGACGACGGAGACGACGACGGAGACGACGACGACGCCCAAGCCGGUGCUGCGCGAGGUUCAGCCCAACGUAGCGUCGAGCGCGAAUCGCGAAGCACACGCGACGAAGUCUCGAGAUGGACGCACGUUACUUUCCGUCAUCGACGCUAAUAACGUGCGUUGGCUCUCGUGGGACGACAUGCCCGAGAGGUUGCGAAAGCACGUCGCGUCCACCGCGCCGGACGCCGUCGACGCUCGCGCCAUUCGCGUCGGAGGAUACUGGCGAGCGGCGAGCAUGAACAAUCGCCAGCGGCGAAAGAGUAAAUCUAGGAAUGGUUUCCCUCUUCGCCAGGGCCAAGUUGAGGAAGAAGUGAAGGAGUGCAACCAGCGACACGUCGUGACAAACAUUCAGUGCUUCAACGAACACGCUAGGUACGCCGUCAUCACCGUCGAGGCGUCGCACACGUUUUAUCCCGGGGAUUACGUGACUUUCGAAAGAAUUGGCGCGCAAAACGCCGAACACGCGCGCGAGAUCAAUAGUCAGCAUCGCGUGUUCGCGGUUCCGGUGCCGCUCGACGCGGACGUGUCCGCGCUCAACUGGGACAACAUUUGGGCCGAGUCGCCCUUGGUUUUGCCUCGACAAAGCGUGUUCGCGGUUUCGUUUGACACUCCCGGUAGCGCGUGCGACGCGUUUCCGGUGUCGAGCGCCAUAGUUCGACGUUCCGCGAACACGCGUCUACCAUUUUGCUGA